AUGCAGAUAGCGGCGGCGUUGAAAGUGGACGACAAGUCGCUGUUGAUCUCGACAGACUCGAAGGGUGCACAGGUUGUCUCUGUACCGGCGGGUCAGCCGGUUGGUGGGCUUGGAUUGAAACAUGGCGACAUUCUUUAUGUGGAUUUCAAACGUACCGCUGCGGAACCCGCCGCGUCGGCAUCGGCGGUGACGUCGACUGGGGCACAGGAGCCUCGUCCGGUAGUUAAGCAGGAUGCCAUCGAUGAUGGUCUGGAAAAGCAGCCGGGGACUAUCAAACGAGGAAGAGACGCGAGAUUCUGCAAACAUGGCGCUUCCGGAAUGUGUGAAUACUGUAUGCCGUUACAGCCAUGGGACGCGAAAUACCUUGAAGACAACAAGAUAAAGCACAUGUCAUUCCAUGCAUACCUACGGAGACUGACGGAUCAGAACAAAACCGCACCCCCGACGAGUUCCCAGUUCCUGUCUCCAUUGGAGGAAGCUGAGAUGAAGGUGAAAAUACCUUGCCCGAGUCGAACGCACGAGUCGUGGCCGAAGGGGAUUUGCACGAAAUGUCAGCCCAGUGCGGUGACACUGCAAAGCCAGAAUUUCCGCAUGGUGGAUCACAUUGAGUUUGAAACGGCAGGAAUGAUCGACAAUUUCCUCAAGUACUGGCGUGCAACAGGGUAUCAACGGUUCGGUUACCUCUACGGCCGCUUCGAGCCGUACGCGGAAGUACCGCUGGGUGUGAAAGCGGUCGUCUCUGCCAUUUACGAACCACCACAAGAAGGCGCAUACGACGGACUGCAGCUAACCCUGCCAAACACGGAAAUGGCCGCCGUCGAAGAGAUAGCUGCGCGACUCGGGCUCGUUAAAGUGGGCAUGAUCUACACGGAUCUGACGGACGACGGGAGGGGGAAGGGGACGGUUAUCUGUAAACGCCAUGCGGACUCGUACUUUCUGUCCUCGGCGGAAUGUAUCUUGUCAGCGGAGAUGCAGUUGAAGAACCCGACUGUGAGCAAGUGGUCGGCUUCGGGGAAGUUUGGGAGUCGGUUCGUUACUUGUGUUAUGACUGGAAACGAGGACGGCGGCAUCGACAUCUCGACCUUUCAGGUCUCCAACACAGCGAUGGCGAUGGUCCGGGACGACAUCAUCGAAGCCUCCGUCGAACCAUCCCUCGUGCGUGUUAAGCAGCUUACAGACGAACACUACGUUCCCGAAGUGUUCUACAAGUACAAAAACAAGUACGGAAUCAUGGUGCAAGACGCUGCCCGGCCCACAUUUCCUGUCGAGUACCUCUUGGUGACGGUAACACACGGAUUCCCGCAAACCCCAUCCCCACUCUUCACCUCCCCCCUCAACUUCCCAAUCGAGAACCGACCCGGUGUCGAGACGCAGGAUAUGGGCGCACUGCAGCGACACCUUAAACAUGGCUCGUUGACGGAUAUGUUGUCUGAUUUCCAUUUGCUGCAUUAUUUGCGGGGUGUUGGGGUUGUUGAGCAGUUGGUCCAGCGGCCUUCCUGGCAGACUCUGGAGAUGAUCAUGAAGGAAACGGUUGGCGCGGGACCCGUUUCCUCCGGCCCAUCCACGUCCAGCUCAGGCGCGGCAGGACCAUCUUCUGCUGCUGCGGCGAAAGCGCCGUGGGCAUGUAGGCAUUGCACCUUUAGAAAUCCGGGCGGGGGUGGCGAGUUGUGA